AUGGUCAAGGCCGAGGACCGACUGGGAAUCACAUGUCCCAAGAGGAGCAAGUUCUACGUCUGCUCCGGCAAGCCGGCUCGCUUCGUCGGCUGCUGCUCCGUCAACCCCUGCGACACCAGCGAUGGUAAUUGUCCGCAGGAGAGCCUCGAGUAUACGAGCUUCAACAAGUCGGCCUACAACGACAUCCCCGCGCAGGAUUGCGUGAAAAACGAGCCCGGAACUGCCUGGUACGCAUGUGCCUAUGCACAGCCGCCCUUUAUGGGCUGCUGCUCCGUGAACCCCUGCCAAGCAAACGGAUGCCCCGCGGCUUCGCUGCGAGCCGGCGCGUUGAGCGAGAUCGAGGAAAACACCGGUGUUUUCCUCGGCAAGCCUCCUGCGAGCUCGUCGUCUUCAACCGCCUCAACCGCCGCGUCGACUUCGACUGCCUCAUCCGUCACGUCGUCUGCCACAAAUACGUCGACAAGCGAAGCCAACAGCCAAAUCAACCCGGGACCCUCAAAAGGAGCUAUUGCCGGGAUAAGCGUCGGGGUCACGUUCGCCGCCGUUUUCCUCGUCACAUUCGUAAUCAUCUGGCUGAGGAAGCGGUUCGAGGUCAAGCGGAAGAAGCAGCAACAGUGGCAGGAUCCGUCAGUGGCAAAGGGAGGAGAUUCUUCGUCCUACCAGAACAACUUCUCGCCGAACUCGCAGAGCAUGAUUUCGCCUUGCACAACAAGCCCAUUCACAACGAACAACUCUCCCUAUACGAACCAUCAGUCGUCUCCCUCGCAGCAAUGGAACAGUUACCAGCCUUCAGCCACGCAGUACGACGCACAGCGUCAUUAUGAUGGCGCAGGUGCCACGACGGCCGAAUUGUCCGCCGUGGCAGCCGAUGGCACCCGCAGAGCCUAUAACGAGAAGAUGGGACAUGGUCCAGCAGAGCUGGGAACUGACAGGUCUGCAGGCCAGUUUGUGCCUGUCGAGCUUGGGGAUUCGACUACAUACGACAGGGAGGUGAAGCAGCCGGCUGAGAGAGGGCAGAGGUGA